CACACACCAGCCAUCCCUCUUUUCUUCCUUCCUGACGUCUGUGCCGCGUUCCUGCCUCUCUAGCUCGACGACUAAAACACCGGGUUUGGAAGCUUUCACGUUUCAAACUCGUCUUCGUCAUAUUAUCAGCGGCGUUUUCGUUUCACGUUCGGCAAAUAUUAUUUAUUUAUUUAUUUAUUUCUGUUUUUUUUUAAGUGCCCAUUCCACUCCUCUUUUUUUUCCCUCUCAUUUCGUGAUUAUCGCAAGUCUCUGUUUCAAGUUAUCACAUUGAUUUCCAACGAUGAUACCUUCAUACCGUUCCAGCUAUCGCGUCACUGGCUCCGGCCGAUCGUCCUGACUCGAGGACCGGUACGCGUUCAGCAUUUUGUAUUCUCGCUAAUUACUCUCACCAAUACACAAACGCACACACACACAUAUAUAGAUAUAUAACAACGAACGAGUUGCGCGCUAUUAUAAAGCUGAUGUUGGUGGUGGUGCUGCUGCUGUUACUGAUUCGAGUUGUUGGCCUUUCUGUGUACGUGAAUCAAAUGCCACGCGAUCGUGCCUACCCUGCUCCAUCUUCUUGUCGCGUGCGGUAAAUGAACUCCUCCGAUGACCGGAAAAGAGGCAAGAAGAUAUCGGUGAUUUGCGAUUUACGUGACUCGAAGACCUUCAUUUUAUUGAUGAGAAGAGAGAAAGAGAGGGAGGAAUAGAGCUUUAUGUUUUUGCUCUUACACAAGACGAGUGUAUAUACACAUGUAUAUACAAACUUGAAUUUUAUAUAUAUAUAUACAAAAGACAUGAGAGGAUGCUGAUGCGUCAAAAUUCAAGGAUUUAUCCUAAUGAAGAUUCUUUGUGCUUAAACUUUGGAAUUGUUGCCGGAAGUCAAAAUUCGUUGGAAUAAUGAGGAAUAUAUCGUCAAGGUCGCGUGUUGUGUUUCGACAAAGAGGAGCACCUCCCCAGGAGACGAAUCGUAGGAAGGGUUUCAUAUCAAGAAGCCUAUAAGGAAGAUUCAUCGAAGAGCAGCCUUUCGCUGCACAUCUCUCAAGUCGUGGACCAGCGCGGAAUUCGCCUCUGAAGCUUCCAACUGGCUAAGAAUCGAAUCCAGGAUGCGGACAAGAAAGCAGAGUAAGGAGAAGCGAUGCUGAAGGAAGUGGGUUGUGGUGGUACAACACCCCUGCCCGGGGAUGGUGCCGUCGGCAAUCGUCAAAUUAGAAGCACCGAGAGAACAAGUCCGGAAGGUGGUACACUUGGCUGUGGUGGAUGCGGAAGGGAGAUAGCAGAAAGAUGGUACCUAAGAGCUGCAGAUCGUGCUUGGCAUUGCGGUUGCUUAAGAUGCUGCCAUUGCCGAGUUCCAUUGGCUGCCGAGUUGACUUGUUUCGCCAGAGACGGCAACAUUUAUUGCAAAGAAGAUUACUAUCGACUCUUUGCUGUUUCGAGAUGUUCCCGAUGUCAAGCUGGCAUUUCCGCUUCGGAAUUGGUGAUGCGAGCACGAGAUCUAGUUUAUCACGUGGCUUGUUUCACGUGCGCAUCGUGUGGCACCCCUCUUAACAAGGGCGACCAUUUUGGACAGAAGGAUGGCCUCGUUUAUUGUAGACCUCAUUACGAGUUAAUUUGCUGCGCUACGGAUUAUGGAAGUACAUCAGGCAGUGUCGAAGACAUUGGAUCACCGGGGGUGUCACCUCUUCCGGGAUAUUACAGUGCAGCUGAACAGAGUCCCAUUGCAUCAAGUGGCUCAACACAAAAGGGCCGUCCAAGAAAAAGGAAACUUUCAGAAGUCACCGGUUCCGAUUUAACCAUGAGACUUGCAGCCGGCGCUUUAGAAUUGCUUCAUCCGAAUGAGCUCUCAUCAUCGAUGGAGUCAUUGGCCGCUUAUGAUGCAUCAGUUGGAUCUCCUGGACCGGUGCACCAAAAUCAAAGAACCAAACGUAUGCGAACAAGUUUUAAACAUCAUCAACUGCGAACGAUGAAAAGUUACUUUGCCAUUAAUCAAAAUCCAGAUGCCAAAGACCUCAAACAGUUGGCACAAAAAACUGGAUUAUCCAAGCGAGUCCUUCAGGUAUGGUUUCAAAAUGCAAGGGCAAAAUGGAGACGAAAUAUAAUGCGACAAGAGGGAAAUAGCAGCAGUUCGAAUAAUGUCAUAUGUCCAGGUACUCCUGCAUCAUUGGGCACUGGAGUCGACUCGCCAGGAGUGGGUUCAACUUCCGGUCUUCUAGGCGACAGUAACAGUAUGCCGUCAACGUCCAUAGAGGAGUUGCAUGCACUUCAUCAUUUACAUUCCGGGGUUUCAUCUCAGGUAUCUUUUUCUGAUCUUUACUGACGAACACUACAAGUGGAAGAGAAUACUUUUAGUUCAACGUCAAAUCAUCUUGAUUAAUUGUGUGUCUGUGUAGUCAAAAUGGUGCUACAAACUCUGAGCUCUUCACUCGAGUGCUAAAAUUUAGAGAGAGAAAAAAAAAGAAUACAUUCAAAAAAAAAUGAUGAUGACAUUUUCUUCAGUCUUAAGAAAAUUUAGAGAAAAAAAAAGGAAGAGAGAAACAAAACGAGAAAAAGGUAGAAAAAUAUAUAUAUAAAAAAAAAGAUGACAUUUUCUUCAGUAUCAAAAAAGAAAAUUUAGAAAAAAAAGAUAGGUACUUAAUGGGUGUUUUCGGCAUUCACUCAGAGUUAACUCUAGAGUUAACAGUGGUGCUCAAUGAUAUUAUCUUUGAAAAUUUAUUUACCCAAAUAAAAUAAUUGAUUUUCUAUUUUCAUCACCCUGAGUUUGAAGUUAGUUGUCCUUGUUUGCUUACUUUUUUUUAAUUUAUACGUAUUUUUUGUUUUUCAUUUAAAAAUGGAACAUAUUUUUGCUACCCAUAAACGUGUUAUUUUUUUAAAGUUUAUAAUUUUCAAAUUUUUCAUUAUUUCCCUAACUUUAAUUAAUCUGAAUUGUUUAAGAAACUAGAUUAUUUAUUUUAAUUAAAGUUGCUUUUUAUAAAUAAAAAGUUAAAAUAAUUUUUAAUAAAAAUAAAUUAUUAUGUUUCAAUUUACACUUUUCAAACAAACAAUCCGUUCACAAAUUUUGUCGGCCAUUAAAGGUUAGGACUGACCCUUUUUCUUUACUCUCGCAAGAAAACAGAGUUAACUCUGGGUCAUCUAGUAAUAAAUUUUUGGGGACUUUUAUGAAAUCUAGAAACAAAAAAUUUUAUUUUAACAUUACAUUACUAGAAUAAAAGGCCCGUUUCACAUAUUGUUACAAUUGCAAACCCUGCGCCAAUCAAAAUGAAUCGUCUAUGCCAAAUUGCCAAUCAACAACGUUCACAACCAACAGACGAACUGAAAAUCAAAAUUUACAUUUGAGCACCACUGCUAACUCUAGAGUUAACUCUGAGUGAAUGCCGAAAACACCCAAUGAUAUAUUUCAGAAAAAUAACCUAUAAAAAAUUUCAACUAACAGCAUAAUUUUAAAUUAUUUGAAGAAAAAAAUAUUUAAACUUUUUUUUGUACUAUACCUUUAAGUAUAUACAUAAAAAUUAUAUUCUUUUCGUUAAAAUUGUUUUUUUAUUUUUAAUUUUAAUAAAAAUGUUUUCUUUUAAUUUUUCUUUGUGCUUGUUGUUGUUAAACUUUAUAUAAAACUUUGCAGAAAACUCCAAUCGUAUUUAUAUAAAAUUGCUUUUAAGUGGAAUCAGUGAUAAUAAAUAAUAGUUCCAAGCAUAUCCGAAUUACCAAAGUUUUAGACAAUAGUUUUCAUAAACUACGAGAAAGAGGAAAAAGACCCGAGUCACUUGUUAAUAGAAUUAAAUAUUAAAAAUUAAUAUAUAAUUAAAAUAGUAAAAAACAAAAAUUAAUUUUAAAUAUUUGAAUCAUUAAUAGUGUUUAAUUUUUAUUCAAAUAAUACAGUCCAGUUUUCGAAUUCCUAUAUAAUUAACUGCUACCUAUUAAUUAAAUUUUUUUAAAUUAAAUAUUAACAAAAUAUAUUUUUAUUUUUAAAAAAAUUUUCUUUUAAAAAUUUCGAAAAAGACAAAAAAAAUAUUCUACUUAAAUUCUCGAGUUUUACUCAUAUUUUGAUGGAAAAAAAAAAAUGUAAAAUAUUGAAACAAGAAUACAAAAGGUCUUAUUCCACUUUUACUCGUUUUGUAGAUACGUGGGCGAGUAACUAACAAUAAAGACGACUAAUUGAUACUAACACGUUGAAGAUUAACAAUCUUAAGUGCACAGAUGGUUGCUGCAAAAAACUCCUUGCAUCAAUCGAUAAAAUCUUCUUUUUGCAAACACGAAAGCAAUUAACUCAUUAAUCUCCAUCUCUUCGGAGAAACUUUGAGGAUAAAAUAUUUUUUUAAAAUCCCUUUCACCCCUUUUCUGUGAUUUAUAAAUAUAUAAAAUAUUAUAAUAUAAAUUAAGUUUUCUCAUUGUAUAUUUUCACCAAAUGUUUCAUGUAAAUUUCCUUUCUAGAAUUUUUACUAUAAUAAUAUCUAAUAUAUAAUAUAUUAAUUACAAGAUUUUUCUAUAAUAUUUAUGUAAAUAAUAAUAU